AUGGCUGAUGAACGAUUUUCUUUUAUAUACUUAGCGUCAAGACGCUGCAGCGUCUCUAGAAAUAAUUGACCACGACAGUGUAGUGUAGUUUGUUGAACUAUGUAUUUGGAAUGUGUAAUGGAAAAAUUCGAAUUUGAAAACAAAUAUGCUAUAGCUUUUGACGAGUUACGUUUAAAAAUUAACCGUAUCCGGUUCGUCCGUGGAGUGAAAUCAUCGCGGUCAUCUUAUCUAGCGGUUCGAAUGUUUUUGUCGCGGUUUCCUGAAGCCUCUGCGUCGUCUCGUCGUAUAUAAACCGUCGAUUUAUUCAGUGCUGUAUCAGAGAUGGGUGAUUCUGACAAGUCUACGAGAAUUCGCGUUUGCGUUAUUGGAGCAGGAGCGGCUGGCCUUUGCGCCGCUAGACACUUGGCGAGCGAAACGCGAAACUUCGAGCCCGCGGUUUUCGAACAGCAAAAUGAUGUCGGUGGCACUUGGAUUUACGAAGAAAAAAUCGGCCUCGAUGAUCAUGGAUAUCCCAUACAUUCGAGCAUGUAUGCAAACUUGAGAACGAAUUUACCAUUAAAAUUGAUGAGUUUUCCGGACUACUUGACACUGGGACAAUCGACCGAUGCUGCUUGUGGAACUCAUCAGGAUGUUCUGCAUUACUUGCACGAUUAUGCUGAUCAUUUUCAACUUCGUCAAUACAUCCAGUUCAAUACCAGAGUCGAAUGCGUUCGUCCAGUGAUAAAUGCAGAUCAUUGGAAAAAAACCAGUUGGAAAGUUCGAGUGAGAAACAUAAAAACCCAAGUACUCGAGGAGAAAGACUUCGAUGCAGUUGUGAUUUGCAACGGUCAUUUUUUCGAGCCGGACAUACCACUGAUACCGGGUAUCGAAACAUUCCCUGGGAGUGUGAUGCAUAGCCACGAAUAUAGGAAACCAGAUCAAUUUGAGGGGAAACGUGUGAUCGUCUUGGGAGCCUCUUCUUCAGGCAUUGACAUCGGUAUCGAAGUCGCAGGCAAAGCAAGUCAUGUUUAUCUCAGUCACAAUCAUGAAAGAUUGAACGGUUCUUUGCCCUACAAUAUGACGCAGGUGGCUGGAGUUGAGAAAAUAAGCAACAAACAAUUCACUUUACGGGAUGGUACGAACGUUGAGGUCGAUUCUUUCAUCUAUUGCACCGGUUACAAAUACACCUUCCCAUUUUUGGAUGAAAGCUGCUCAAUAAAGAUUGACGAGAACUAUGUCAGUCCUUUGUACAAGCAUUUGGUCAAUGUCGAACAUCCGUCGAUGUGCAUCGUUGGAAUUCCUACCACGGUCAUUCCGUUUGCUCUUUUCCAUAUGCAGAUAAAAUACUAUUUGAGAGUAUUGAGGGGAAAAGUGUCACUGCCAACGAAGGCUGAAAUGCUUGAAGAUUCAAAGUUGAAAUCAACGAAUAAGAGACACGCUCACACGCUCGGAAAUCAACAGUUCGAUUAUAACGAUGAUUUGGCGAUAUCCGGGAGCUUCGAGAGACUUCCAGCUUAUUAUAAAAACGGUUAUUUGGCUUGGCACGAAGCCCGAGCCGGAAAUCUUUUGAAUUACAAAGACAGCAAGUUCGUCAUAUUGCCGGACAAUGUUAACGUCCAAAUAACGCCAGCAACGUUACCAGCUUAAUUGGCAAACAAAAAAACCUCUGAUAUUGUUUAAGCUCCUGAGGAUUCCGGUCGGCCGUGAAGUUGAUCUGAAUGGAAUGCAUUUUGAGUUGUAAAUAUUGGUACUUCGAAAUCAGCCUUUGAAAAAGCAUUAAAAAUUCGUAUUUUCCAUAGACAAUUUCAUCUUAAAACUAUUCUACAAAAGUCUAGAAAAUUGAUGACCAAGUUAUGAUUAUUAUUGUGAAAAUAUUGAAAAAUGUGUAGAUUCUAUUGAGCAUUCAAAGUUCAGGGCCAUAUCACGAGCCCAUUCGAAUAAUUAUCUUUUCAAGAUUAUGCUUUUUCUUUAGUGUAAAAAAGUAAUUAAAAAACAGAUAUUAAGUGAAAAUAAAGGUUUUAGGUGAUGUAA